AUGGCAAACUUUCGCCUCCCUUCUAUACCACUUCUUCUGUCUAUUGCUUACUUUUGUGCCUCAAGCAUAUGCACACCCAUCGACUCGGUCGCGGGACCGCAUACGGUCGAUGAUACCUCCGACCUCUUGCGGCGCCAAGACGGCAUCUUCUCUGUGCUGGGGAUUGCUGGACUGGGAGACUCUACGAUAUACCCACGCCUCGAGAUACGCGAUCUAGAAAAAAACCACCCGGACCAGUGGAACAUAUUUCUGCUUGGACUUCAGAGAUUCCAAGCAAUCAGUCAGGAUGACAAGCUUUCUUACUUCCAGAUCGCUGGAAUUCACGGUCGCCCAUUCGUACCCUGGGAUGGUGUGAAAGGCGACGACUACUACUGGAGUCGCUACUCGGGCUACUGCACCCACGACAGCAACAUCUUUCCCACGUGGCACCGACCUUUCCUGGCUCUGUUCGAAGAAGUGCUCUACCUAAACUGUCGUGAAACUGUCUCCGCACUGCCUAAUGGAGAGCUGAAGGAGCGCUACUUGAAGGCGCUGCCCUCGUUGAGGCUGCCAUACUGGGACUGGGCUGCUAUCCCGCCUGAAGAAGAGGGAACACUGCCUGCGAGUGUGCAGGCUGAGUUCGUCAAUGUGACGAUGCCUAAUGGAACGGUAACAAUAACGAAUCCGCUGCACUCGUACAAGUUCCACCCGCUGCCGGACUGGGUAUCAGAAGGUGAAGAACGCUGGAAAGAGUUCCCUUCCACGGUGAGGGGCCCGACUACAGCCGACAAGAACGCGCAAAGCAACAACACCAAAGCGGCGCAGGCGCUGCAGGAGAACAGAUCGAGUAUGCAGGCGCGCGUCUAUAAUCUGCUCGCUAUGCAGCAUAGUUACUUGAACAUGAGCACCAAGUUGAUACCGGGGGACAGCAUGGAGAGCAUCCAUGGGACAAUCCAUGAUGGCAUUGGGCAGGAUGGAUCGAUGACUUGGCUGUUCUACUCGGCGUUUGAUCCGUCGUUUUGGUUGCAUCACUGUAACGUUGACCGGCUACUGGCAAUGUGGCAAGCAUUGAACCCGGACGAAUGGGUGGAAAACUUCACCACGCCCAGCCCAACCUUCUACUCCCCGGCCAACUUCAACGUCAACGGGAGCACGGCACUCAAACCUUUCCACAAAGAUGACUCCGGCAACUUCUGGACCUCAGACUCCAUUCGCGACCACACAAUCUUCGGCUAUACCUACCCAGACCUGCUCGACCUCCCCAGCAAUAGCACAAGGAGUUUCCUCAACGCCCGCGGCGUCUCCACCUCCCUUAUCGCGCGCGUAAACGCCCUCUACGGUCCCAACGCCUCACCCCUCCAAUCCCCCGAAUUGCGCGACCCCAAGCUCCUCGCGCGGGGCAUAGCGACCACGGGUGCGCCCCAUUUUGCGGGGAAAAGGCAGUACAGCCUUGAAAUCACCGUGCGCGAGUUCCGCGAUGCGGGGAGUCUGAGCGUGUACGCGUUCUUCGGGUCUCCCAAGGGGGAUGUUGAGGGGUGGGUGAGGGAUAAGGGGUUCGUGGGUACUGCGUCAUUUCUAGGGGCGAGCAAGAAGGCGAGUCAGCGGGCGCAUAGUGUGAUUCCGUUGACGCCGGCGCUGGAGGCGAAAGCCAGAUCCGGGGAUCUGGCGACUCUGGGAGAGGAGGAUGUCGCGGAGUAUUUGAGGAAUGUGUUGAGGUGGAGGGUGGUGCAGGUGAGUUGUGGCUUUUCGCCGCAGGGAUCGAGGGGAUGGGACAACAGGACUGACGGUGUACAACAGCAAAAUGUCGAUCUUACCGACUGCGAGACGGAGAAGGCGCCGGGAUUGGAGGUCGCGGUUACGUGGCAGGAGAUUGAGCCUGCGCUUAGUAUGGAUGAGUUUCCGAAGACGGCGGGCGAGGUGAAGGACUUAUUGUGUGCGGAUGGGAACAAGAGGGGACACUUCAAAUAG